UUGGUGCUGAUACCGCGGGUCAGGGAGCUGGACAUGUUCCACGGGGUCGAUGGCGAGGGAGCGUGGGAUACGUUCCAGCGCUACCGGUGUCUGGAGAGCAGCCAGAGCGUCGUGAAAAGCCCGCUGACCGACAUCUGCAACGACUACAUCUUCAGCGUCUCUGCGCUGCUGCACAAAGGAGCCAUGGCGUGUCAGUGUGACCCGCAGGGCUCUCUGAGCGCCGUGUGCGAGCCCAGCGGAGGUCAGUGCCGCUGUCGACCCAACGUGGUCGGCAGGAACUGCGAGCACUGCGCGCCGGCGACCUUCCUGUUCAGCCCCUCCGGCUGCAGACCUUGCGGCUGCGACCCUCAGGGCUCCAUCAACGCCUUCUGCCACGAGGCCACGGGUCAGUGCGAGUGCGUCCCCGGGGCCACGGGGCGCCAGUGCUCCCACUGCCUGCCGGGCUUCUGGGGCUUCCCCCAGUGCCGCCCCUGUCACUGCAACGGCCACAGCGAGUACUGCCACCCGCAGACGGGAGCGUGUCAGGGCUGCCGAGACUUCACCACCGGACACCACUGCGAGAGGUGUCUGGAUGGUUACCAUGGAGACCCAGAGCUGGGUUCAGGUGGACACUGUCGUCCCUGUAUGUGUCCGGACGGACCGCGCAGUGGACGUCAGUUUUCUGACAGCUGUUAUCUUUUGGCGAACAGCGACCAGCUGGUGUGUGUGUGCAGCGCCGGCUACAAAGGUGCCAGGUGUGACGAGUGCGCCCCGGGUUAUUUCGGGAACCCUCUGGUGCCCGGCGGCCGCUGCAUGCCCUGCCAGUGCAGCGGCAACAUCGACAUGCACGACCCGGGCUCCUGCGACGCUCGGACGGGCGCCUGCCUCAAAUGCCUGUACCACACGGAGGGCUAUGGCUGCCAGCACUGCAGACAGGGUUACUACGGCAACGCCGCCACCCAGAGCUGCAGGA